UGUAGUUGAUUUUUUUUUAAAAAUUGUCCAAUCAGAGAGCGCGUCUCCUCCCUCACCACCAAUCACAGUGAACACCUGCCAACUGACGUCAGCUCGUUCUGAAGGUAUCAAAUGCGCGUUAACGGCUGUGUGACGUUCAGGAUUUUACGUUAACUUUACAUCUGACAGAGCUUCAGGUGAGUCUGGAUCCAGGAAGCCGAGGUCUUAGAAAGCAGAGAGUAGAAACACAACGAGGCUGUAAAGGUGGACUGGUGACAUGGAUCCACAUGGAGCCGUCUCCGGUUCAGCCUCCAUCCACUCUCAGAGAUCACAGCUUCUUUAUCAGAGGUUUCUGAGCGAUGCCGCUGCCGGUCUCACCUUCUCCCCCGACACAGAGUCUGGUACUGACAGAGUCUCAUACAGCCAGGCCGACUUCAGACACUUAUUCAGGCCCACUGGAGUCCUGAGACCAGUUGCCAAGAGGCCUGUAGAGAGGAGGCAUUAUAGAGCAUCUCCGAGGCUGAAACACCAGCUGGCUCCAGGAUCCAGAUUGUUACCACUGUUACCAGAGUCACCAGAGUCUGUGGAUCAUUCAGACCCCCAGAGGACAGGACUGCUGCAGGACUCCUGCAGGAGAACCAGGGGGACAGAGGUCCAACCAGUCCACAAGGGGGCUCAUAAAACCCAGAUCAUCUUUAAAGACUCAAACUACACCAGAAACCUGCAGAGGCGGUCCCACCCAGACCUGAAGAACAGGACCACACACACCCCCAAGAAAAGCCUGAACAGAGACCUGAAUGACCUCCAAGACCAGGACCAGACCGGGCGACGACAGUCAGAUUCUGCAGGUUCAGAUCCUGAUGGCUGGGUAGCUGCACAGUCUGAAGUCCUGGAUGGAGACCACAGCAGGGGGGUCAUCCAGAGACUGUUAGCACAACUAUUCCAUGACGACCAACCAGAGGACCUGGACCAACCUCCUGAUGUCCAGUCGGUGGUUUCACAGCUCGUCUACCUCAGCAACCAGACGCCUCUUGUGCGCUCCCUGCUGGCGGAGCAGCUGAACAGCGCUGAAUCCAGGACCAGACUGUUGGCCUGCACCACUUUGUCCAGACUCAAAGGGCCCGUUAAUAAGGAUGUCGUUCAGAAGCUGAUCCACCUGAUGUGGAACGACCACAGUGAUCCGGUUCGACUCGCUGCUGCAGAGACGCUGAUGAAGCUGGGAAAAGUGCAGGACGUUCACAACCAGAUAAGGCUGAAGCUGGAGGAUGUUCGGGGGCUGCAGGGCAGGACGGCUGCUCUGAACCUCCUCAGCAGCCUGAAGUUAACGACGGCGACGCUGCUGGAGUCUGUUGUCUCCUGCUUCAGAGAUGAAUUCAGCGCUGUGAGGAAACAGGCCUGUGAGACGGCUGCAUCUCUGCUGCUGAAGGAGGAGACAGUUGUGAGUCGUCUGCUGGAGCGGGUGGAGAACGACCCGGUGCGGCAGGUUCGACGUUCUGCCCUCACAGCUGUGGGUGCGUUGGGUUUGUCAUCAGCAGACGUGCAGGAGACGCUGCAGUGCUGCGUGGAGACCGAGGAUGAUGCAGAGCUGCGUCUGGCCGCCUGUCGCCUGCUGCAGAGCGUCGACAUGCCCGCGGACAAACUGCUGGACUUCCUGCUGCAGCGGGUCAACACUGAAUCUGACCGGCAGGUCCGCAGGACAAUGCAGGAAAUGCUGCGUCUGUGUGACCGGCGGCGGCAGGAGGACGGCUGCGACGAUCGCUUCGUCAGUCUGCAGGUGAAGCGUCUGUGUGGCUGCAGAGACGUCACAGACAAACUGCUGCUGCUGGAGAAGCUGGACGAUGGGAAACAUCAGGGACGCCGCCUUCACCCGGGGACUCUGUCCAGACUGCUGAGUCUGCAGAGCAGGACUGAUGAGGACCGGAUCAGUCCGGAUCACUGAGGAGACCUUUAACCUCAGUCUCUUUAAAAACUGAAGUCAACGUGAGUAAAAGGGUUCGACUGCAUCUGUCAGAGUGACGAGUCUUAUUUCUCUCUGACCAUUCAGAGGGAAGUUUUAGAUAUUUAACUGCAGUGAACGCAGCAGCAGACCACAUGUUAGACUGCUGGACAUGAGGUGUGUUUAACUGUCAGCAGGUUGCAGAGUAACAGCAGUCAGGUCUCUGGGUAUUUUAUUUACAGGUACUUAUGUAUAUAACAUCACAUUGAGGCGUUUCAUGUCUAAAUGUUCAGAACAGUCUCAGCUUCAUGCUGAGGCUCCUGUUUGUCCCAGAGCAACAGGCAAAGACAGAAAAAUGUAAAGUGAAAACAACUUUACUGCUGGAAGAUUUGAUUUGGUGCUUGAAAUGUGUUUGAGCUUCACAGUAGAAUAUCUGAAUAAAACAGUAGAUACGUGGAUAAAACAUGUUGUGAUGUUGUGUCAGAGACAAACAGACUGAUGAUGACUUUAUAUGAAACUUGAUGGGAUCAAAUCGAGGUCUUCUGUGUGACAGUUACAGUCUGUGUCCUCUGUGUGUCGAGAUAAUCUUUUCUGUUCAUUUCCAUAAAUGUGAUGUUAAUGCUGUGGGUCUGUGGUUGUGUAUUUGGUGUUUCUGUCUCUGAUCCCACAGUUUGAAACCUAAUCAACAGUUUCUUUUUACCCAGAAUCUGAAUUUGAAUCGAACACGUUUUUACUCAUUUUCAGACAAAAAUGUUCGGAGCCUCUGGUUUAAUCU